AUGGACCAGCAGUACGUGACGGACCCGCUUGACCAUAAGCAAGCCGGUGCCAUCAACCCAGUGCGGCGAAUGUUGUACGAAGAGCCUGACGGAUACCGCCAUGGGGGCAACAUUGACCUCAAGUAUCCAUUUCCGCAAGCGCUUUAUCCUACGAGUUCUUCUGUGCGUGGAGGAGCAGUUGGGAACAGCCAAGGCGCAUACAUGCUCCCUGCAGCUGCGUCUGAGCACAUGGACGACCCGCGGUAUGUUCCGCACGACAUGGCUUCGGACGAAAAGCGCAAAUACUACCACCAGUUUGGGCACAUGAAUGCGUCCGCACCGAGCCAGGCUGCAGGCAACAUUGCCAAGAGCGCACAGUCGAGUGCGUCGGCGUCAAGUUCGGCCGCAUCAGUAGCGCCAGGGGCAGCAGCAGCAGCAGCAGCCGGAGGCGCCCGCAACGGGCUUGUCAUGCCCAUCCCUCCGCUUCAUGUGCAGCAGCAGAUCGCCAACAGCGACGAUAAGUUGCGCAAGGCCGAAACGGAAGACAGCAUAGUCACAAAGUGCUCGCGCUGCAAGAAAGAUUUCGUGCAGCAUCUCAUUGUGCCCAAGGACAGCACGGGCGCCAAGUCGGGCGUCGAGCCCAAAGUGUUCAAGUUGUGCCACCACUGCCGCGACUUGCAGAGACAGCGCAGCCGGCGCUGGCAGAAGAAGACGAAAAACAAGCAUGGCGCCUGCCGCCGCUGCGGGCUGGAGAUCCCGCCGCAAGAACAGAAGUUUGUCUUGUGCCCGCAGUGCCGCCAGAACUUGCGCGUGCGCAAGGCCAGCAGAGCCGCCCAGGGCAAGUGUGUCCACUGCCUGGGCCCGAUCCACUCGCUGAUUAUCGACGACGAAAACGACGGCUCGCGCAUGCUGAGCAGCGCCUACAAGGUGUGCCAGCGAUGCCGCGAGAACGACAAGAUCCGGCGCACCAACCUAGAGCGCAUGGGCAACUGCAACCGGUGCGCCAAGGCGCUCAACCCGGCGGAGCAGGGGAAACACAAGGUGUGCGCGAGCUGCCGCGAGAAGAAGAAGAAGCUGGGGCUGUUUUCGGGCGUGCUGGGCGAGCCGGCCAUGCCGGACCCGGGCCAGGUUUUGGUGCCGCCCAUGGGCUUUAUUUCGGCGGACCAGGCGCACAUGAUGAGCGGCAUGCCGGUGGCGCCCGACUACUCGAUGGCCUACGGCUACCAGGUUGUGCCGCCUGACAUGUACAAGCCGCCGGAUAUGUAUAAAGGCCAGAUGGCGCUUCCGCAGAUGAUGCCCAACGACCCGAGCUAUCUGGCGCAGUUCCACGGGCUCCAGCGGCCGGGCAUCAUGCGGGACCGCAUGCCAUGA